AUGGCGGCGGCAGUCAAGGGCUCCGUGGGGCGCCUUCUUCGAGUGUCUCCCGCUUGGUAUUGCAGCUCCUGCCGAGGUCGCUCUACCGCGUGCCCGUCAUCCGUGCGAGCGCGUCAGGCUUUCCUCCAGUUCUUCCAGGAGCGGUAUGGUCAUCAAGUGGUGCCGUCGGCCCCUGUGCGACCGCGAGGUGAUGCCGGGCUGCUCUUCGUGAACGCGGGUAUGAACCAGUUCAAGCCCAUUUUCCUGGGCACAGCAGACCCCCGGAGCGAGCUGACACGUUACCGGCGAGUGGUGAACAGCCAGAAGUGUGUCCGAGCAGGUGGGAAGCACAAUGAUUUGGAAGAUGUAGGCCAAGACGUUUAUCAUCAUACAUUCUUUGAAAUGCUGGGGAACUGGUCCUUUGGAGAUUACUUCAAAGAGGAAGCUUGUAAGAUGGCAUGGGAGCUCCUAACAGAAGUAUAUGAAAUCCCCAAAGACCGUCUUUAUGUCACCUAUUUUGGAGGAGAUUCCUCACUUGGCCUAAGUGCAGAUGAAGAGAGCAGGCAAAUAUGGCUCAGCCUGGGCAUGCCCCCUGACCACGUGCUUCCUUUCCAACUGCAAGAGAACUUCUGGGAGAUGGGUGAUACUGGUCCCUGUGGGCCCUGCACAGAGAUCCACUAUGAUCACAUAGGUGGCGGGAGGAAUGCAGCAACACUGGUGAAUCAGGGCAAUCCUGACGUGGUGGAGAUCUGGAAUCUGGUUUUCAUGCAGUACAACAGAGAGGCUGAUGGGAGCCUGCGUCAGCUGCCUCAGCAUCACGUGGACACGGGAAUGGGCCUGGAAAGGUUGAUGACGGUCCUACAGAACAAGCGCUCCAAUUAUGACACAGACCUCUUCACCCCGAUCCUGGAUGCCAUCCACAAGGGCUGUGGCGGGCCACGCUACCAGGGCUUGGUUGGACAGGCUGACACUGGGGGUGUGAACACGGCCUACAGAGUGAUAGCAGAUCAUGCGCGCACCUUGUCUGUGUGCAUUGCCGAUGGUGUUUAUCCAGGCAUGUCUGGUGCCGAGCUUGUUCUGCGUCACAUCUUGCGCAGGGCGGUGCGAUUUUGCUCCGAGGUUCUCCAUGCUCCACCUGGAUUCCUGGCCAGCUUGGUUCCUGUUGUAGUGGAAAUUCUGGGAGAUGCCUAUCCGGAGCUUAUGAGGGAUACAGACAAGGUUAUGAAUAUCAUCAAUGAGAAUGAGGCUGCAUUUCUCUCUUCCCUCUUGAGAGGGCGCCGCAUUAUAAACCGAACGCUGCAGGAGAUGGAUGGCUCCACCGUCUUCCCAGUAGAGAUAGCUUGGUCCCUCUAUAGCAAUUUGGGAUUCCCCCGGGAUCUGAUUGGAUUGAUGCUUGAAGAAAAGGGGAUCCAGCUGAAUGUUGCUGCUCUGGACCACCUGGUUCAGGAAGAUGCUGAACGCAAAGCUCAGCCGCAACAGGAGGAGAGCCCCAGGAUGCAUCUGGAUGUGCAUUCGUUGGCCAAGUUACGGCAGGAUGGCGUGCCUGCCACUGACGACACACUCAAGUUUGCCUAUGAACUCAGGGCAGAUGGGAGAUAUGUCUUUAGGCCAUGUCAAGCCACUGUCCUAAUGCUGUACAAAGAUGGGUCUCUCCAAACGGAAGUUGUUGGCCAAGGGCAACGCUGUGUGAUCCUCCUGGACAGGACCUGCUUCUAUGCUGAGCAAGGUGGCCAGGCACCUGAUCAAGGCUACAUGGUACUUGUGGGGCAGCAGGAUGUGCUUUUCCCCGUGGUGUCAGUACAAGUAUCUGGUGGCUAUGUGGUCCACGAAGUGAUUGUUUCUGAGCCCCUGAAGGCUGGGGACCAAGUGCAGCUCUUUGUGGAUGAGGCACAGAGGCUGGCCUGCAUGGCAAACCACACGGCCACCCACCUGCUCAACUUUGCGCUCCGCCAGGUCCUGGGAGACGGCACAGAGCAGCGGGGCUCCCGUGUGACUGCUGAGCACCUGCGAUUCGAUGUCAGCACCAAGGCCCCUCUAAAGACACAGCAUUUGCAAGACAUAGAAGCCGUGAUCCAGGAGAUGAUCAAAAGGAAUGACAUUGUCUACACAGACGAAGUCCCCCUCGAGCGGACAAGUGAUGUGCUGGGACUCCGGAAACUAGAUGAAGUGUAUCCAGACGUGGUGCGAGUGGUGUCUGUGGGAGCUCCAGUGGAGAGAGCGUUGGCUCAGGGGUCUAAAGAUGCCCUGCAUGCCUCCGUGGAGCUCUGCUGUGGAACGCACCUUCUGCAAACAGGAGCUAUACAGGACCUCACUAUUAUCUCUGAGCGGCAGCUGGUUAAAGGGAUCAGCCAUAUCGUUGCAGUGACGGGCGAGCAAGCCAAGCACGCUCGGGAAGCUGGCCAGUCCUUGGCUAAAGAAGUGGAUUCCCUCGCCGUGAGAGUGAAACUGAAAGCAGCCUCGCUUGAUGAGGCACAGAGACUCUCCAAAGAAGUCGGCAACCUGACUUGGAUAGUUGACAAUACUGUGAUGCCUCAGUGGCAGAAAAGGGACCUACAGAACACUCUCAAAGCUCUGCAGCGAACAACCAAUACUGCAAUUCGGAAACUGGAGACCAAACUGGCUGCAGAGAAAGCGCAUGACCUACUAGCAAAGUAUUCCAACCAAACGGUCAUCAUUGAUACCAUUCCUGUGGAGUCGCCCUCCAUCCUGAUGAAAGUGGUCAACCAGCUGUGUGACAUGGUACCAGGGGCAUCGGUAAUGUUGCUGAGCCCCCAAGCUUCUGGCCAGGUAUUCUGCGCUUGCCAAGUUUCCAAGAGUUCCUUGCCUGUGUUUUCUGCUGCUGACUGGGCCCUGGCUGUCUGUACCCAAAUGGGAGGCAAAUCCGGUGGUUCUGGAAUUGUAGCCAAGGGCAUGGGGAGCACCAGGAACUUGCAAAGUGUCCUGACAGCAGCUCUGGACUAUGCGAAGAAGAAACUCUGAUGCCUGUUUGCGAGGCCCAUGUGCCAUUUUGCCUCUCGAAGGACACUGAGGAUGGACAGUCACUUGGCUGAGAUUCCUACUGAGAUCUGUACACAACGGCUCAGCUGCACCUGUUGCAGGAUGCUGCUAUAGUUUGUACAGGCGAUCUACCAUAGACAGCAGUUUCUCCUGGAAUAUCUAGGUGGCUGGAGAGUCCAGAUUACUCUGACUCAUGUGUACAGAGAGAGUGGGGUCCUUAAUGACACAUGACCUGUGCCUUUGAGGAAAAUGGUGUGAGAAGAGCAAGACUGGUUAUUUGCCCAGUCCCAGAAGCACAGACGAAAGUAAUGGAUACUGGCAUAAUGAAUCCGCCACUCAGGGUAGCCGUGGACACCUUGGGAAGAGGAAGAACUCUGCAGUACUACAGUGUGAAUAAUAAAGAAUAACAGAGUGGUAUGCUUUAUGUCUGAGCCUGGGGUUAUUUUUCCUGUCCAGAGGAGCAGCAGACCUGUUCUCUAAGGCAUAAUGAGUUCAACGGAACUCAC